AUGUCCCGUUGCAUUCGGAGCAGCCUCUGCGUGAAGUCCCUCAUAGACAGCUGCCGCAGCGAGGUUCCGGACAACAAGCGCCAGCUUCUGAUGGGAGAGACGACGCAUCUGGAGCGCUACCUGGUCGCAUAUCCGCAGCCGCUCUGGCAGUCGGAAAUAGCGCUGGCCGGGGAGGAGCCGGCGGCGCUCAUCGCACGCUAUCGUCGCCUCUUGAAGGCGGCGGAGACGCACAGCACGCGAUUGCAGCGUGCCCAGUGGGCUCUUAAGCUGGCGCGUCUGCUGCUGCACGGCAGUCUGGGACUGGCCUACGAGAUGCCCAGCUUGGGCAGCAUCGGCGCAGUGAAUCAUGGCAAUGGUCAGGCCGACAUCAUCUGCACGCCACAGAACCGGCACGAGGAGGUGUUGCUGCUGCUGCUGAUAGUCUCGGCAGUAAAGCCCUCAGCACUCCUGCUCUACGAUCUGCUGCCGUUGGCCACACUCCGCUGGCCUGCUCUCAGGCCCCUGCUCGCAGCACAACUGCAGUGCGCACUCCCCCAUGCUGGCAGCGACGGGCAGGCCUACCACUUCUGGCAACAGCACGCUCUAAGUCUACUGAUGGCUGGCCAGUGGGCGGCUGCACUGCGCCAGCUUCAGGAGCUGAUGCAGCUGGACCCGCACCAGGCGCUGCCCUUUCUGCUAGCCGCACGCCUCUGCUAUCAGUCCCUGGAGCAGCCCCAGCUGGGCUUGAACUAUGCGUUGCAGGCCUUACAGCUGGGCCAUGCGCGGGCCCAGCUCUAUGUGGGUCUGGGCCAGCAGUGUCUGGGUCGGAAUGCCGAGGCGCUGGCAACGCUGGAGGCGGCCGUACGCGCCGAUGACUGCGAUCAUCUGUCCGAGUACUAUUUGGCGCGACAGCAUGCGCUGCUGCAGCAGCCAGAGGAGCUGCUGGCACUGCUGCUGAGUGGCGGCACGCGACGAGUGGAGGCGCUGUGUGUGGUGAAGGACGCACUGGCCGAAUAUCCCGAUGAUCUGCAGCUGUUGCGGCUGCAGGUGCAACUGGAGCUGCGUUCGGAGGAACCGUCGACGGCACUGGUGACGGCCCAUCGAAUGCUGUCCGUGUGGCAGCGAGUCCAGAGCGAGGACGCGCAGGCGCCACUGAACAUCUGGCUACUGCUGGCCGAAAUCUACCUGGAGCUGGACAAUGCCGAAGAGGCGCUGCACUGCAUUAAGGAGGCCGAGUCGGAGACGACUCGCUUCUCAUCGCUGUCGCAGUCGGCGGCAGUGCUGCUCAUGCGCGGUCGCUGGCAUCUAUACGCGAGCGAGUGUGUAAAGGCGCGUCGCUGGCUCAACGAUGCCCUUGCUCUCAAUCCUAAAAGCGCCCAGGCUCUGCGCUUUCUGGCCGAGACGCAGCUGCGUCUGCAGAUGCCACAGCUGGCGGAGCAGCUGCUGCAGCGGGCGCUCCAAUUGGACGGCAACUGUCCCGAACUCUGGUUCAGUCUGGCGCUGGCCAAACAGGCGCUGGGGGAGAACAGCGCGAGCGUUGCGUGUUUGGUGCGAUCUCUCGAGCUGCAACCGCUGCAUCCAGUGUUGCCCUUUACAGAGUUGCCGCUGGUGUUCGAGUGA